AUGACCUCGCUGCUGGCCCGUCUGGGGCAGUUGGAGACCCGGAAAGCAGUGCAGUCAAUAUGGAACGAUGGAAAGCGAAAGAGAGGGGAUUGGAUUUGUGCUGGGUGCAAGGCCAGGAGAGCAUUGAGACAACGACGAUGUUACAGCAAUGACACCUUGAGGAUACCGGGACAGUACUUUGGCGGAGGAAGGGAGGUGUCUGACGGAGAUCCAAACAAUGAUACAAUACUUAGUGGAGCUUCGAAUCGCUCUCCGCGCGGAUCUACUCCAAUGGAUGCUGGAGAAGGGAAUGAGGAUCCCCAUGUGACUAGACAAAGACUGGAAGCCGAGAAGCAGAUACAGUCUUUUGGCGUUGACGGGCAUGUGAGAAGUACGCCGGCUGUGAGGCAGAUGACGAGAGCUCCCAGAGGCAACACUUUCUUCAGCCAGCAACAGCCGCGCGUUAAGAGUGUUCAAGAGUCGUCGGAACAAGAACAGCUGGCUUUGUGGGAACAAUUUGAGCGCGUGGAUGACUUCCAGGGUGGAGCUGAAGCUGCGACAGAUCAAGGCGUCUUGGACGAUUCGACAAGCCUCACUAUGCCCGAAGACGAAUUGCUGAAUUUGGACUACAAGCAAGAUUUCCCCGCUGCUCUGGCAAAAAAAGAGGCCGACCUUGUGAUACGCUGCUUAUUCUCUGCCCUUCGCGCAGACGAUAUGGACUUCAUUCGAGCGAUCCCGGAGACAACGUUCACCGACGUUAUACGCAUUCUGGAGCCCGGCCGAUUUGUUUCAAAGCUCGGCAACGCGCACAUUGAGCUGAGCGCUGCUCUUGUUGAGAGCAUGGCGAUUGCUCCCAUGCGGGCCGUUGCCUACGACUAUUCAAUUGUUUUGCGAAGGAUAGUGAAAAUGCGACGGUCCACGGGCAAGAAACCAACCCUUGAAGACUAUCGCAUGUUGCUCCGAGCUUCUCGAGAUCUGGGUGGGCCCAAGAUGAAUUUUAUCAUCUGGAAGGAGCUUCAUGAGGAUGGGCACACGCCAGAUCUUGCUUGCUGGAACUAUUACAUGGCUUCUUACGUUUGGAAAGGGGCCCACAAUCCAGGUGCACGACACAAAGUCAGAGUUAUUCCCUUUAACAUGCUGGCCAGAAGUGACAAGCUCCCUCCUCAGCGCGUCAAUAGGUCCAGAUUCAGGAACUACGCUAUUGGUCCUGGCGGUAUUCGUCAGAGGAUCCUCAAGAUCUUUAAUCAAAUGCUGGCAAGCGGCAUUUUAGCUGAUGAAGAGAGCUUUCGAACCCUCAUUACAGCAUGCGCCCGCGAAGGCGAUGUUGACACAGUAAAAUCUGUUCUUCGCAAGGUCUGGCGGAUCGAUGUUGAUGGAAUCAUGCAGGGCAAGAAUGAAGAAGACAUGAUUCCUCGGAAUUACGCAGAGUCGUCAUCGCUUCGCCCGAGCCCGCAUCUCCUUUUCACAUUGGCCCACUGCUUUGGCAUAAACAACGAUAUCCCUACGGCGCUACGCGUGGUCGAUUUUGUGGCGCGGCACUACAAGUUGCCAAUCACCAUGGAAACGUGGUCGCAACUAUUCGAAUGGACUUUCGCUCUUUCCCUGAAACGCGCAGAAGUCACGGAGGGCCCGAACAAAGGCGAUGAUACCGGCAGUCUUCCUACUAACAGUCCCGAGAAGCUCUGGACAACAAUGAUUGGAGCUCCCUACUUCGUUCAGCCAACACUGGGAAUGUAUAACAGGCUCAUAAAAAGCAGGUCUCGCCACCGUACCAUCGAGGGCGUGGUAGAGAAGAUGAGAGAAGCAUUCGAAUUCGUCCACGAACAGCGAGAACAAACACGCCAAGCACAGCAACACCUAAAAGAACUCGUGACAAAGGAGGCAUCUGGCCAAGACAUGUAUCAUGAGUCGGUGGAACAUGCGCGGCAGGAAUGGGAGAAUCUCGAGAUCAUACGCAGACGUAACGUCUUUUGGGCACGGCGUUGGGUUCGCCUAUUGCUUGCGACAUAUCAGCACGGGUACAGAACGGAUCACCACUUCGACCGCUCUGCCCAGCUACUACCUGCCCUUCUCUGGGACUACCGAUACUGGUCGCCAAGAGUGGUCUCCUACGAGACGCCAACAGGAAUGGUCGAAUUCGAGCUUCGUCAAAAGGAAGAGGUGGAAUGGCGUAUAGCCCGACGGGAGCGUCAUCGCGAAGCACAAAAAGCCCUUGUCGACUCAACGAGGAGGUAUGUAGGUAAUGAUUGGAUCAUUGACAACGAAGAGAGGCACGUUCGCCUCGCACAAGCACGCCAAGCUCGAAGUCUUCGCAAGGAAAUGCAAAAGCAAGAGCAUGCAGGAAAUGGGCGCAGGAGAGAGAAGGUGACAUUGGAUGGUGCCGCAUCGAGUGCAGCUGCACCCGACAGGACCGGCGCAGUGGAGACGAGUAGCUGA